AUGAUUGUCCUGAAGGUGAGGCUCAACGAGAGAAAUGUUGUGGAGCUCAUCAACAAGCUGCAGAAGCUAGGACUGCUCAGUGAUGGCCUUCUGCACACUUUGGAUGGACGGGAGUACCUCACUCCAGAGCAUCUGCAAAAGCAGAUUCUGGAGGCUGUCGAGGAAUCUGGCGGCAGAAUCGCUCUGGUUGAUCUUCCGGCAGCUGUAGGAGUGGAUCUUGUUCAUUGUGAGAGACAAGCUGAUCUUGCCAUUAAGAGCAGCAACGGCUCCCUGCAGCGCAUUCAAGGAGACCUCAUUACUCUGUCCUACUUUGACAGCCUCGCAGUGGAAGUCAAUGAGACACUGAAGGCACGCAUGCCCAUGCUGGCACCGCAGGAAUCGGGUGUGGUCGCGAUCAGCAACUUGGCGCGUCAGUUCCAGCUGGCUGGAGACCUGGUGCUAUCCAUCAUCACCCCUCGCAUGGGCACACUGGUGCAGGGCAGACUGGAGUCUGGCCUUAUCUUCACCCCGGCCUACAUCGCCCGCAUAAAGGCGCAGCUACGGGGCGCGCUGCGCGGCUGCUGCAUGCCGGUGCAGAUAGCGAGCCUCAAGAAAAGCCUGGAGCUGGGGGGCACCAGCCCAGCUGCGCAGAUGGUGACCCCCAUUGUGGAGGAGCUGGCUGCGGAGGGUGCUAUCCAGGGGCAGCUGCGCGGCGGCGCCACAUCAUGGGUACCUGCCAUCUACCUGCGCCGCCAGCAGGACUCCAUCGUCAGCUUCUACAGGCAAAACAGCUAUGUUGGAUAUGACACUGUGGCGAAAUUGGGGGUGGCCAAUGCGCGAGCGCACCUUGAGGCCCUCUUUCCAGAUGGCAUCCCACUGCAGACAGCAUUUGCAGCGCCGUCCCUCAUACAACAGCUGGACGCGGCGGUCGAGGAGGCUCUGGAAAGCAGUAGCUGGGUGGACUGCCUGCCCCUGGUCCCCAGCGUCCUUUCAGCCAGUGACGCAGCAGAUCUGUUCGCACAAUGCCCCUCUGUGAAAGCGCUAGGAGCGGACAAAGGACAGUUGCUAGCGGAGAGCUGUGUGGUGAGCGGUGCUUUCUUGGAAGGGCUGAAGCAGCGCUCCCUAGCAGAGGCCCGCAGAGCUGCAGAAGAGGCUCUGAAGCAGCGCACUGCAUCCUCUGCCACCGCUGCCACCUCUACCAGCGAAACAGGAAAGCAAACCACUGCUCAAAAGAAGGCCGCAGUGGAGGAAGACAAUAACAGCGACGAUGACUGGAGCCGCAGCAGCAAGGCGGCUAAGGGGAAGAAGGGGCCAAAGGGGAAAAAGCAGGGUGGCAAGGGGCCGCCGCCGGGCAAGGCAGCUGGCGCCAAAUCAGGCGCUGCGUCAGCCGCGGCGCAGCCGUCAACCGGCCGGGGGAAGGCGGCCGCCGCCAACACGAAUGCGGCAAUUGCUGCGCAGCUGCUCAGCCUGGAUGCGCUGACUGACAAAGUGCUGGAGUGGCUGCCUGAGGCGCGUCCUGCUAACAGAGCAUCGGAGGGCUUGCCUGGGGCUCUGGCAGCCGUUGUGAGGCCAGCAGCGCUCACAGAAUACGAGAAGACAUUGACGGCUGUCUUCAGCGCAGGAGCAGAGGCGCGGAGAAGGAGGCGGGAGACACUGCUCAAGAGUCUGCAGGAGACAUUUGAACGUUUGCAGCUGUACGCAAAUGGCAUCAAGCCGUUUGCAGAGGACGAGGCUACGGCGCAGAUCCUGCACCGGCACCUGCUGAAGGGCCUUGGCACAGAAGCUGUGGACUUCCUCCUCACGAUCUCUGGUAUGAUCCAUCAGGCUGAGCAAGAGGAUGCGCCAGAGAUGUCUAUGGAGGAGAGCCUGACUGCUGCAGACCGCACAGCACUGCUUCGGCGGCUGCCCUCAGACACAGUGGGACCAGCAACAGCUGCAGUGGAGGCUUUCAAUGGCAGCAGCGCCCAGGAUUUGGUGCGCGCUGUGGAGGAAGCUGCAUCGGCAGCAGGAGUGCGGCUGCGUCCCUUGGACAAGAAGGCAGAGAGGUCGGCUCUUCAACCGCAGCGGCAAGCGCUGCAGGCCAAGCUUGAGCAGGAAUCGGAUCCUGCCACUGCCCUCUCAUUGGCUGUGCCCCUCCUUGUCAUGCAGGUGCAUGGCUGCGCUGUGAGCGUGCCAGGAAGAGCUUUGAGCGGGGUCAUUGGGUGCCUGAAGGGCGGACUAAGUGAGGAGACUCAUGAUCUGUUAUCUAGCUUCCAUGCAGAUGUGGUGAGCAUGCUCAGGUCCGGUGAUGGGUCCCAGUCAGCAGAACUUCAGGAGAAGCUGCCCCUGCUUGUGGCUGCUGCCCUUGGCCAAAAGGGUCAGACAGCUGAGAAGCCUACAGAGAUUGUCGACACGUGA